GAUUGCGCGUAUACAUACACAUGUAUUUCCGCUUAAGAUCACUGUGAAGUUAUUAUAUUUCGUAUGAACGAAAAACCGUUGGCGCCAUAAACUGGUAGGAUAUUGUGCCUUCAUGUAACCGGAAGAAAUUUGAAGAGAAUUCUUGUUUGAUAAGUAUCUUGUUCUAACUAAAAAAAUGGUUGGAAAGGGGAAGAUGUAUGUAAUAAAGCGCGAUGGGCGUAAAGAAGAUGUUCAUUUUGAUAAAAUAACAUCUCGAAUACAAAAGUUAUGUUAUAAUUUAGACAUGGAUUAUGUGGACCCUUCUGCAAUUACUUUUCGUGUUAUCAGUGGAUUAUAUUCAGGUGUUAGUACAGUCGAAUUAGAUAAUCUUGCAGCUGAAACUGCAGCUACUAUGACUACCAAACAUCCAGAUUAUGCUAUAUUGGCAGCAAGAAUUGCUAUCUCUAAUUUACAUAAAGAAACAAAAAAAAGUUUCAGCGACGUAAUACAUGAUUUACAUCAUGUUAAAGAGCAAUAUACGAAUAAACCUAGACCUGUGAUUCAUGAAACAUACUAUAACAUCAUUCAAAAUAAUGCAAACAAAUUAAACUCUGCAAUAAUUUAUGACAGAGAUUUUAAUUAUAACUAUUUUGGCUUUAAAACUCUUGAGAGAAGUUAUUUACUUAAGAUACAUGGAAAGGUUGUUGAACGACCACAACACAUGUUAAUGAGAGUCUCAGUUGCUAUCCAUGGCGAGGAUAUUGACAGAAUUAUAGAAACUUACAAUUUCUUAUCAGAACGUUAUUUUACACAUGCAUCGCCAACACUCUUCUCUGCAUGUACUAUCAGACAACAAAUGUCUAGUUGCUUUCUUCUGACAAUGACUGAAGAUAGCAUAGAAGGAAUUUAUGAUACAUUAAAAAGAUGUGCACUUAUUAGUAAAUCAGCUGGUGGUAUUGGACUCAAUGUUCAUUGCAUUCGAGCAAGAGGGACUCCGAUUGCUGGUACCUUUGGUGUAUCCAAUGGUUUAAUUCCAAUGAUCAGAGUAUACAAUAACACAGCUCGAUAUGUUGAUCAAGGUGGAAAUAAGAGACCCGGAGCAUUUGCUAUUUACUUAGAACCAUGGCAUGCUGAUAUUUUUGAUUUUCUGCAUCUCAAAAAGAACACAGGUAAAGAAGAAAAUAGAGCACGAGAAUUGUUUUAUGCUUUAUGGAUUCCUGAUCUGUUCAUGAAAAGAGUACUUGAAAAUGGAGUGUGGACUUUAAUGUGCCCCCAUGAAUCUCCUGGUUUGGCUGACGUGUGGGGCGAUGAAUUUGAAGCUCUCUAUAUGCGGUACGAAAAUGAGAAAAGAUAUAAACAGCAAAUUCAAGCUAGAGACUUAUGGACUGCAAUCCUUGUAACACAAGUAGAAACAGGAACUCCUUAUAUGCUAUAUAAAGAUCAUUGUAAUCGAAAAUCAAAUCAUCAAAAUAUAGGAACAAUCAAAUGUAGUAACUUAUGCACAGAAAUUGUUCAGUAUUCUAGUCCAGAUGAAGUUGCUGUAUGUAAUUUGGCUUCAGUUGCCGUUAAUAUGUUUGUAAACACUGCUUCCAAAACUUUCGAUUUCCAAAAGCUGAAGAAAGUUACUAAAAUAGUUACUCGUAAUCUUGAUAAAGUAAUCGACGUCAAUUAUUAUCCAAUUCCGGAAGCAAAAAAAUCCAAUUUAAGGCAUAGACCUAUCGGUAUGGGUAUACAAGGACUUGCUGAUGCAUUCCUUUUAAUGCGCUAUCCAUUUGAAAGUGAGGAAGCACAAAAACUUAAUAUCCAAAUAUUUGAAACUUUAUAUUAUGGUGCCCUUGAAGCAAGUUGUGAGAUUGCUAUGGAAAAAGGUACAUACGAAACGUACGAAGGUAGUCCAGUUAGUAAAGGCAUUUUACAAUAUGAUAUGUGGAAUGUUACUCCAACUGAUUUAUGGGAUUGGAAAGCACUGAAAGAAAAAAUCGCAAAACACGGAGUUAGAAACUCUCUGUUAAUUGCACCCAUGCCAACAGCUUCCACAGCACAAAUUUUAGGAAAUAAUGAAUCUGCUGAACCUUACACUAGUAAUAUAUACACAAGACGAGUACUCUCCGGAGAAUUUCAAGUUGUAAACCCUCAUUUGUUACGAGAUUUAACUGAAAGAGAUCUCUGGGAUGAUGAUAUGAAAAAUGAAAUUAUAGCAAAUAAUGGAUCUAUUCAGAGUAUAGAACGUAUACCGGAGGAUCUGAAAAUCCUUUAUAAAACAGUCUGGGAAAUACCACAAAAAACAAUCUUAAAAAUGGCGGCAGAUCGCGGCGCAUUUAUUGACCAGUCACAAUCGUUAAAUGUUCACAUGGCGAAACCAACAGCGGAAAAAUUAACUUCGAUGCAUUUUUAUGGAUGGCAAAUAGGUUUAAAAACCGGCAUGUACUAUUUAAGAACAAAGCCGGCAGCGAAUGCACUUCAGUUCACGGUUGAUAAAUCCAAAUUACAAAAUACCAGCACCAUAUCUCCUAAUCAAUCUCUUAACCGAUCUCUUAAUCAAUCUCUCAAUCAAUCUUUAAACCAGUCUCUUAAAACAGAGAAUGCGAAUGAAGAGACAGAUGAAUAUACCUCUACACAAGCAAAUGGUUGGAAGAAUGUUAAAAGUAAUGAAGAAAUUGAAGCCAUGUUUGCCUGCUCCCGCGAAAAUGGAGAUGCCUGCAUGGCUUGUGGAUCAUAAUUGUAGCUAUUUUAUGUACCACACACAGUACUUAAAUUAAACUUUUUUUACUGACAAAUCAGGUAAGGUACCUUAAGAAUUUAUGUGUAUUAUAUAUCAGUCAUUAUACCAUGUAUUGUGUGAUUUUGAAAACACAUUGGAACAAUCAAACAAAUCUCCGUCGAAAUUAUAAAUUAAAAUAUUAAAAAGUAAUGCUGAUUAAUUUCAUACCAGUGAACUUUAAACAAAAGAAAAUAUAUGUAUAUUCUCAUGAAAAAUAUUUCUUUAUAUGCAUCUGACUCUGGGUUCUUGUCUUCCUAUACUUUAAGAACUUCACGGUCUACCUAAAAACAAUAUGUAUCUUCUGAUAAUCUAAACAUAUUACCUGUAAUUUCUUUCUUAAUUACGUAUUCUCAAUUGUAAUAUCUUUCAUGAUAUAAAAUUGAAUACAGAAAUUAAAUAUUUAAUACGCAAUUUUAUAUUUAUA